AACCUGAAAACAUCUAAUGAACUUCUAUCAAUCAUGCGACCCGUGAAGAACUGGACGACACCCUCCAGUGUUCUGAUGGACAUGUAUGUGUACGGUAUUUUAAAUGUGGAUGAAAAGUCUCAGACUGUCACGAGUCACAUCUGGAUUCAAAUGGGUUGGCAAAAUGAAUUCCUAACUUGGAAUUCCUCUGACUUUUGUGGGAUCAACACGCUGACCAUUCCGACAUCGAAUCUGUGGAUCCCUGAUAUAAACAUCCAAGAGGAUGCCUCUGACAGUGGGAGCACUCAGAGAGGGACGCUUGCCAGUGUGACCUCCAACGGUUGGGUGGUGGUGAGCGCCCGUCAGCGCCUCACCGCCACCUGUCAGCUGAAGCUGCAGCUGUUCCCCUUCGACACACAACACUGUAACAUCACAUUUGCAUCCAUGACCACUGACGAUAAAAGUAUAAAGCUGGGAACUUUCAGCAAUGACACGACCCUGACGAGACUGUCUGAGAACUUCAUGGUCACACAGGGAGAAUGGCAGCUUCUAAACAUGGACACUUUCGUGUAUGAUCUCUCCAUUGGCUCUAAGGCUCAAAGCAAACUUACAUACAGGGUUUUUCAGGUUAAAAUCAUCAGAAAGCCGUUGCUUUAUUUGGUCAUUUUCAUCGUGCCCCUGUUCUACCUGCUGGUCCUGGAUCUGGCCUCGUUCUUCAUCAGUGAGGGCAGCGGAGAAAAGAUGAGCUUCAAAGUGACCAUCCUGCUCUCCAUCUCCGUCUUGCUGCUCAUUCUCAAGGACAUGCUGCCGUCCACAGAGGACCAGCUGCCGAUGAUCGCAAACUACUGCGUCGCCAUCUUCGCCCUGGUGGGGAUCAGCGUCCUGGAGGCCAUGUUGAUUUCCUUCUUAUUUGAACUCGAUGGUCAUUGUGACAAGAAGAAGAAAAGAUGUGUUGAUGCGGAAGAGGAGAUUCAGCUGGAAACAGAGUGUCACAAAGACUCUGCUGGAUCUGUGGAGAACGGCCCAGAGAAACCAGAGAAAAGCUGCCCUCCUCUGGACGGGCCGAGUGGCCACGACCUCCUGAAGCGAAUCCUGAUGGAAGUGAAAGAAGCUCGGCGGGGAAUAAAAGAACAAGAGAAAGAAAAGAGCAAGCCUGGAUACUACAAGCGAGUGGCUAUAAUCGUAGACUCCGUGUUCUUCUUCCUCUAUUUCUCGACUGUUGUCACUUUCCUGACGUUCAUGUAUGUCUCGUGGGUUCAAAAUGGUAUAUGAUGUUGUGUGUUUACUCUACCAAUGCAUGCUUAUAAAUUCAAUGAUGAUGGGCUCUUACAUAGAUAACAAAAUAUAAACAGGGCAUUAAUGCAUCUAAAACUAAAAACACCUCAUUCUAAUCCUUCAGUGAUUCAACUACUUUUUGCACCACAGAUCUCUAAUUUUCCCAGACAUGAAUUCACAACCCGCAUAUACUGUUGUAAAAUGUCACACAUGAUAAAUAUAUUUUGUGUAUUUGUGUGAUAAGUUAUAUCAGCCUUAAUAACCCAGUUCAUUUUAUGUCAUUAUUUAAUUUGUCUCAUAUUGUUGGAUAACAUUUUUUGUCACGUUUGCAUUUUACUAACAUUUUACAAACUUAACAUUUAUCGUAUUCAUGU